UUCCCUCUUGUUUCAUUGCCAUUUUUUAAAAUUUUUUCCUCACAUUUUUUUUUUUAAUCCCACAGAACCAGCAGCAGGUCUCUGCAGCGCCCACCUCGGUUCAGCCAUGGCCAGGAAAGGUAAUUGUCCUCCUGGUACCAAGUGGGACUCCCUUAUUUCUGACUGCGUCGGCAAUCCACUGGCAGCCGCACAGCAGCCUAAACCGGCCACAGAGCCUCCCCGUGUUGUUCCUGUCCAUCUGAGAAGCACGGUCCCCACCGCCCCGGCCAAAUCUGUGGUGGUACAGCCCCUCAGUUUUGAGAACGGUCUGUGGGUGUUUGUGGGGUUGUUGACUCUGGGAUCCAUCCUGGCCGUGGUCAUCUGGACCAUCAUAUACAGGCAACAGACCAGACGCCGCAGCAGCGCAGAGGACCCAGAGCCAGCAGUGCAGCCUCUUGCCAAAACAGACACAUCUGUCAAAAUCCACCCAGCGCCUGCAGAGAGAAACGGUCAGGCAGAGAUGCAGCAGAGGGCCAGGGAGGCCCCUUCCUGCCCUCACCUGGAUGCUGGGGCCCUAACAGGCUUCAAGUGUGAGGAAAGCUUCACCCACCGCAGGUACCCCACAAACCAUGGAGGGAUGGAGGGGAGCGGAGGCCUGCUUACGUACAGCACCAUGAGGCAACACACGGUGCCACUUCCUGCCACAGAGCUGGGUGGCACUGCCUUAGUGACAACCAAAACCAUGUAG